AUGGAUAAGCUCGCCGUUGAGCUCGUCACUCUCAUUGCCUACUUUGCCUGCACCGACGGCGGCCAGACUGGCGCCGCCCUCUCGCUCGUUUCCAAACACAUCCACCACGCUACCCGCCCCGCUCGCUUCUACUCCGUCUCUCUCAUCCACUCCGCCGCCCAGGUCGAGCACUUCGUCCAGAGCUACAAAGCCGAGCUCGACCGCUCCACCGACGCCGUCCCCCGCGUCCGCCACCUCUGCCUCUCCUUCUUCGGCCAAAGCAUCGACGCCUCCGCCUCCCCGCCCGCCGCGCCCGCCGCCCCGCCAGCGUUCAAGCCGCCCUCGACGCGCGAGGAGUUCCUCGCGCAGCAGCAGCAGCGCGCGCAGCGCAUGCGCGCCACGCAGACGCGCAUGGACGACCAGUACGUCCGCGUCGUGCCGGAGCUCAUCCGCCUCGUCGCGCCCACGCUCGAGUCCUUCGCGUGCGCGCAGGCGCAGUGGCGCUCCUCCGCCAUCAUCGACGUCGUCUUCCCCUGCCUCGGGGAGAUGACGCUCGUCGGCGGCGACCCCGCCUUCCUCCCGUUCAGCAUGGUCUCCGCCGACCGCCCCCGGUACCCCGCGCUCCGCCGCCUGCACCACAUCCCGUCCCUGCUCAACAAGCAGGUCGACUUCUUCCAGUGGGCCGUCCACGCCCCCAACCUCACCCACCUCCGCGUCUCCCGCAUGGGCGCGCACCCCGAGAUCACCGUCGACACCCUCGUCAAGGUCAUGGGCCCGAACGCGCCCGAGAACGUCUUCCCGCACAUGCGCCAGAUCGUCGUCCAGCCGCAGCCCUCGCCGCCCUCCGCCGCGUCCGGGCCGCCGGGCGCGGUCGAGCGCGCGUUCGACGCGCUCUGCGACCGCCUCCGCGUCGCCGUCCGCGGCGCGCGCGUGCCGACCGUGCUCUUCAAGCCGAUGGUGGUCCCCGAGGGCACGCCGGCGACGAACCCGAGCAAGGGCUGCGUGCGCAAGCUGCAGAACGAGUGGAUGACGAGGAUCGAGGGCGGCGAGGGCUGCUGGAACUCGGUCAUCGGCGAGAGCACGAUCGACCGCUGCUGGCGCUCGCCGGUCAUGGAGGUCGGGCUGGCCCAGUGA